GUUAUAUUCACUGGACCUCAAUGCAAACUCAACCCAAGUACAUUUUGAUUUAAUUUUCUAGACCUCAGCUGGAGUUUUUUUUUGACAUAUCAUCUGCACCAGUGGACAGGAAAUACAUCUAGAAGUAGAUUUGCAUUGAUUCUGCAGAUGAGGAGAUUAUCAGUGAAGGUGCUGGAGUGCUGAUAGGGUAAGACGUACAAGUGAGUGAGAAACAGGAAGGUGCGCGUCUGCGUGUGCACGGGCCUCCGCAGCUGUCCUACAAGUUGGAGAUAAAGAAAAAGUGACUUAGAGGCUGUACAUCAGCGCUUACAUUAAGCGUGUGUGUGUUAUUUCCAUCCUUGUGUGUUAUUUGUAUCCUUGUGUGUAUGUGCGUGUGUGCAUGUGUGAGAAUUAAGUCAAUCGAUUGAUGGAUCUUCAACACGGAGAGGAUUUCUCCACCAGGAACCCUCAGGACGACUAUGAGAUUCUGCUGAGGGUCGGAUGGGGAACGUACGGGGAAGUUUACAAGGCACGUAAUAAGAUGAGGGGCGAUCUGACAGCCAUUAAGAUUAUUAAAACCGAACCAGAGGAUGACUUUUCCACCAUCCAGCAAGAAAUAGUCAUCGUGAGGAGCUGCAAACAUGCCAACAUUGUGGCUUAUUACGGCAGCUACUUACGGGCCAACAAACUGUGGAUCUGCAUGGAGUUCUGCGGGGGAGGCUCCCUGCUGGACAUCUACACUGUAACUGGGUCUCUGUCAGAAGCACAGAUUGCGUACAUCUGCCGGGAGAUGCUUCAGGGUUUGGACUACCUUCAUGGACAGAAGAAAAUGCACAGAGAUAUCAAGGGUGCCAACAUCCUCCUCACCGACCACGGUGAGGUGAAGUUGGCGGACUUUGGAAUCUCCGCCCAAAUUACGGCCACGCUGGCUCGCCGGAUGUCCUUCAUUGGGACACCGUACUGGAUGGCGCCAGAGGUGGCAGCAGUGGAAAUUAAAGGCGGUUACAAUGAGUUGUGCGACAUCUGGUCGGUGGGCAUCACUGCCAUUGAGCUGGCAGAGCUGCAGCCUCCCAUGUUCGAACUUCACCCGCUGCGUGUCCUGUUCCUCAUGUCUAAGAGUGGCUAUCAGCCCCCCAAACUGAAGGACAAAGCAAAAUGGUCGUCCAUGUUCUACAACUUUGUGAAGGCCAUGCUGGUGAAGAACCCCAAGAAGAGACCAAGUGCCUCCAAGAUGCUUACACACAUGUUCCUGACCCAGCAAAGUCUGAGCCGAGCACUAACGUUGGACCUGCUGGAGAAGUGUCGACACCCAGAGAAUCUCAAAUUCUACCCAGCAACAGAUGAUGAUGACAUGGAGGUGAGUGGACUCGGAUCUUUGAAGAGAAUCCAGUCCAUCAACAAACACAAUUGGGCCGAGAGGAAACACUCACACACAAAGUUGGAGCAGAUCUACUCUCAAACCCCCGUGAAGAAAGAAUCAGCCCAUAUAACUCUGAUGCGCUCAGAAAGCUCAAAAAGCACCGACACGCAUCGGGCAAGGGGCAAGAGAUCAGAUUCUUCAGACGACGACUAUGAUGAUGUGGAUGUUGUCACAAUGCCAAUGGACGAAAUGCCACCUCCACUUCCCCCCAGGCCCAAAGUGCGUUCCAGCUCUGAGGAAAUCAUUUGGGUAGAAGACGAUGUCAAAGCGUCCUCUCUGUGCGUCCCCUUGCCCCUCGUCAGGACAUCCAGCGGGACCCAUGUCAAAGCGGCUCCACGCCACAUCAGACACUCGGACCCCUUGUCCUUCCAGUUGUUAGACCAACAGGUAGCGCCCUUACCUCCCGAGCUGCCUCCAAAAAGCAGACGCAGACACCAGCAGCAGCCGCCCUCAACAAAGGACCCUGCCAAGUGUGUGAAUCCUCUCAGGAAACCUUUUAUCUACUUUAAGAAGAUUUUCCACGGCUGUCCUCUCAAAGUAAAGUGCUCCACCACUUGGGAACACCCAGAAACCAAAGAUCAACACCUGAUUGUCGGCGCGGAGGAAGGCAUCUACACACUUAACCUUAACAGCUCAGAGGCCACCAUGGAGCUAUUGUAUCCUGGCAAGUGCACCUGGGUCUACAGCUGUCACAACGUACUCUUGUCCGUAUCGGGUAAAUCCUCACAGCUUCACUCCCAUUCGCUGAAGGAGCUUCACGAGCAAGCUCGCAGGGACCAAAGGAUGGUGGCGCUGCCCACUCAUCUGCUAUUGCCACGGAAAUAUGCAGUGACGUGUAAAAUUCCUGACACCAAGGGAUGCAGGACGUGCUCAGUCGCGGACAACUUCCUGUGCUGCGCACUGGAGUCCAGUGUGGUGCUGCUGCAGUGGUACGAGCCAAUGAACAAGUUUUUGCUGAUCAGGCAUUUUGACUUUCCCCUCCCCAACACACUGCGAGUGUUUGAGACCGUGCUGGACCCCCAGCAGGAGUACCCGCUGGUUUGUAUCGGGGUCUCCCGGGGGUCCGAUCACGCGCUGCCCGUCGCUUUGGAGUACAUCAACCUCAACUCCAACUCUUGUUUCACACGCAAUGACACGGAUCAACGCGACUCAGAUGUCAUACAAGUCAAACAGUUGGACAGUAACUCGCUGCUGGUCUUAUUGGAAGGCACAGUACACAUCGUCAGCUUGGAGGGGGCGCUAAAGAGCGGCCACCCUCACGAGACCACCUUCUCACAUAAUGUGGAGUCUGUAGUGUAUUUGGAGGACACAUUGUUAGCGGUGUGGCGUCACGGUUGGCUGAGGAAGAAAAGAGGUGUCGCCAAUGUGUUAGAAGAGACCACUGACCCCAAGAAACUCUUCCGGCUGAUACAAUCUGACAGGAUGGUUGUCAUGGAGACGCAGCAGACCAAGGACCCCUCGGGAUUUUCCAAUUUGUACUUAUUAGAGAUUGCUGAGAAGUACGUUAUGCUUUCCUGAUAGCUGUGAGCAGACCAUGGUGGGAUACGAGCUGUUUCCAUGCAUAACUCAUAUCAUACGAGAGGCUUGACCUCACAUGAUGAAACUGGUUUUGGUGGUCUUGGGGGUUCGGUCACUGGAUUCCCAGUCAAUGCUGAUGUAACCAAUGUAGUACUGCCAUGUAUUAAAGUAACUUAAAGUCUCCAACAA